AUGGCAGAUUCUUCCGAACCACCAGCUGUUGAGACGGCGUCUCAGAGACAAGCUCGCAUUAGGAAAGAGAAGAGAGAAGCAAAGAUUAGGAAUGGUGGAGGUGCAAGGCUUGAUAAAAUUAUUGGCUUAGGUGGUGGUUUGCCCAGAGAGGAAGUUCCAUUGUCAUCGUCAUCGUCGGCAGCCCUUAGCCCUAGAGACCACGCAGAUCCGGACGAAGUAGAUAUCUCAAAUCAUUAUUAUGAACCACAGUCCCGCGCACCUCUCCCCGGAUCUCAAAGCAAUAGGCCAGCGCAACAACAAAUAAAUGAUGAUCAGCUUCGUCAGAUGAUGCUUGGUAUGGAUACGGGCUCCUUGGGUGGUACUCCCGACCAAAAUCCUUUCGCGGCUUUCCCUGGUAUGGGCGCGUCCGGAGAAGAAGGAGGCGCAAAUGAUCCCAUGAUGCAAAUGCUACAACAGAUGAUGGGAGGAAUGGGUGGACCACCCGGUGAAGGUCAGGCUGGCAUGCCUUCUUUUCCAGGGAUGCCCGGAAUGGGAAUGCCAGGGCAAGCUCAAGCUGCCGCUGUCGACCCUUACGCCUAUAUUUGGCGCAUCGUGCAUGCAGCGUUUGCAUUGUCGCUCGGUUUGUACAUAGCACUUACGACAUCAUUCACGGGCACGAAAUAUGCGCGCGAGGCGUCGGGGUUGUCGAAUAAUGGGUUGAGUGCCGAUAGUGUGCAUUUCUUUUACAUCUUUGCAACGGCGGAGGUGGCACUGUUGACUAGUAGGUUUUAUUUGGAAAAGGGGAAUGCAAUGCCGGCGGGGGUGAUAGGGAUGGUGAUGGGGUUCUUGCCGGAGCCGUGGAAGGGGUAUUUGGGUAUGGUGAUGAGAUAUGGGAGGAUUUGGGGGACGGUUAGUGGGGAUGCUAUGGUUUGUGUUUUUGUGUUGGGGGCUUGUGCGUGGUGGAGGGGGAAUUAG